AUGUCUCUGCUUCGUUUGCCAAAUGAACUCCUGCAGCUUAUCAUAGAGGAGCUGGGAUUAGUGCGCGAUAUAAAUGCUUUCGUUCGAACAAAUAUCCGUCUUUACGGUCUCUUCAACACAUAUCUUUAUUUUUACGAUGUGCAACAACUUGGGAGUUCCGCAUUAUUGUGGGCUACAAAGCAUGGACAAGAAGCCACAACUCGAAAAUCACUCCAAGGAGGGGCUGAUAUUGAGACGAUCGAAUCAAAUCGGACACCAGUGGCGCUGGCGGCAGAAAACGGGCAUAAGAUCGUGGUCGAGCUGCUACUCGCCACAGAGGGCGUUAAUCCAGACCGCAUGGAUAAUGUCAAACGGACGCCGCUGUCAAUGGCAGCAGGGAACGGACAUGGUGCAGUGGUCAAUUUACUGCUCAUUACAACCGGCGUCGACCCAGACUCUAGGGACUUUCAGGGACAGACUCCCCUGUCUUGGGCAGCAGAAUACGGACAUGAGACGGUAGUCAAGCUGCUGCUUAGCACAGAAGGUGUCAACCCAAAUUCCAGGGACUAUAAUAGACGGACGCCUCUACUGCUCGCUGCACAGAACGGACGCGCGGCAGUGGUCAAGUUACUGCUGACUGUCGGGAGCGUUGACCCAGACUGCAAGGAUUCUCUCGGAUGGACGCCGCUAGCGUCGGCAGCGCAACAUGGCCAUGAGGUAGUGGUCAAGCUCCUACUCGCUACGAAACGUGUGGACCCAGAUUCCAACAAUUAUCUCAAGCGGACUCCGCUCUCAUUGGCAGCACAGGGGGGACGUGAGGGGGUGGUCAAGCUACUGCUAGCUACGGAGAGUGUCAACCCAGACAGCAGGGAUUCGGAUGGACAGACCCCGCUAUCGCGAGCGGCAGAGAAUGGGCGUGAGGCGGUGGUUAAGCUGUUACUUGCUACCGAGGGUGUUAACCCAGAUUCCAAGGAUUCUUUUGAACGGACGCCGUUGUCAUUGGCGACAAGGAAGGGGCAUAAGACGGUGGUUAAACUGCUUCAGAUAUACGGGAUACCUGGUCAAAAUAUUCCCAAGCACUAG